AAUUCUAGUGAAAAUUUACCUAGUGUGUUCAAGUAAAUAAUUAUAAAAUACAAGAAAUAUUUUACAAUAAAAAUACAUAGAACUUAAAAGUUAUGGAAUGCAUUACAGUUAUUAAUAGUGAACCGACCCCAAAGACUGACGAAGAACAGAAAUUAAAAAUAAGUGAAUCAGCUGAGAAUUUUCAACAUUUUAUUUAUGAAUUAUUCGAGAAAAAUGGCAUACUCAACGAUUUGAGAGCGUAUUUACGUGGACAUAUUGUUGAAGUUCUGAAAAAUGCUCAAACUGGUGCACAACCAACAUGCCAAAAGCACUUUACUCAACGCCUUGAGCUAACAAAUCAAGCCUUGAAUAUAUUAGUUGCUGAAUAUCUCCUGCGAAAUGAGUUUAGCUACAGCUUAUCAGUGUUCAUCUCGGAGAUACCUCUUGCAAACAUGGUGUUCAAUUUGGCCAAAACCCUCAUGACACAGAAUGAUAGCGGUGAUCACACAAAACUGUUUUUCUCAGAUAGUGAUGUAUGGUCUAUCCUUAAUUAUUUGGGAAUCAAAUGUGAUUCAGUACAUGCCAACAAAAUAGUUGAAAAAUACAAAUAUAAAGAAACCCCUCUAUUACUUUGCAUAUUGAAAUGUUUGCCCUUUUACUGCCGACAGGAUGGUCAUCAUGAUACAGAAAAUUCUUCAGUUGAGAGUAUUUCAUCAGAAAAAAGUUCUGAAUCAUUGCCGGAACAGUAUGAAAAACAUCAGAAAAGUCAUCGCCAUGAGAAAUGUAAGCAUUACACAUACUGCAAGGCGUGCCAAAAUCGGCUGCACGCCAUCAAGGAUAAAUAUAUGAAGAAAAAGAAGAAUUUGUGUAAGAAUGUCACAAUUCCUCCUGAAAAUGUGCAAAAUGUAGAGAACCUAAUGAAGCAUGUCGGUAUGACGGAGAAAGCGCUGGUCGAUGAGAUGUUCAACCAACUGAAGAAUGUUUACGAAACCGAGGUAGAGUUGGUGAAGGAAGAAGAAGAGAAACGUUACAAGCUGGUCCUUGCCAAGUUCGCUGUGCAACUCCAGAGGAGGCAGACAGAGAUGGAAGAGAAAUUCAAACAACGCGAGGCGGAGUUAGAAAGCGCUGUGCAACAGAAGAAAAAGUUUUUGUGGGGGCUUGCGCAGGCGCUGAGAGACCAACACCAGACUAUGACCGCGGCUAUGAGCUGUGUAAAGGGGGAAAGCGAACGACUCUCUGCUAAGGAAGAUAACUUAAAAAGUCAAUUAUUAGACGCCGAGAAUAUGAUAAAGAAACGCGGCGAAGAGAUGCGCGCGCAGAUCUCAAACGAAAUAGUCAUUCUAGAAGACCACCUACAAUCUAUGAAGAAAGAGAGAGAAAGCAUAGACAAGGAAAAGUCUGAGUUGGAAAAAUUUAAAAUCAUAUGCGAUAGUAAAAUGAAACUUAUAAACGAUGAUUGCCACUUGGAAGCCUUAAAAAAAGAAAUUGAGUCUUUGAAAAAAUAUGUGGAUGAACGGAAAAUGUCUGUAGCUGAGAAAUGUACGAUGACAGAUUUGGAGAAUGGGGGGAGAAUGAAUAAUCAGGAAGUGGGGAUGAAAAGCGACGGCGAAGUGGUAGGGCGAACGCCGAAUCAAGUGAUCAAUGAUUUGAAGAAACAGAAGAAUGUUAAUUUUAAUCAAUCACACCUGGAUACCAUGUAUGUAGAAAAUCGAGAUCGCAUCCGUCCUUCGAGUGCAGGUUUCGAAGAAAGGGACGCAAGACGCGACGCCAUCUUGGUUCUGCAGGACGAGAACGAACGACUCAAACAUUUCGCGAGACAGCAAGAACAACACAUAGACGAGCUAAACAUCCAGUCGGCGCGGCUGCAGGCCGAGCUGGCGGGGCGCGGGGGCCGGCCGCGCACUGCGCCCGCGCCGGCCGCCCGCCGGGACCAUCACCAGCCGAGGGUAAACACUAGCAUAAGUGCCACAUAUAACACGUUCGCUCGGAGUCGUGGUGCCGGAGAAGACUCCAUUAUCACGGCGAGGAGUGUUCGUAACGACGGAGUAAGGGAUCGAAGGGUUGACAGCAGAAGGUACUUAAUCCAGCAAUGGCGCGCAUUGCGACGUUUUCCUAACGGUGGAACCUCGCAAGAGCCAUUGGAACACAUUGAUAAUGCUCACACGAGGCCGAGCCGCAGCGCCGACACGGAACCGAUGCGAGAAACCGCUGAACGAGAAGACGGAGGGAGCAGCUACUACACCGAACAAGCGGACCAAGACCAGAAUGCAGCACAGCUCCCGCCGAAUGUCUCCGAAGGCAAUAAAUCCCGUUGCAAAAGCCCAAAAAGCAUGUUAAAGGAAGCAAAGAUGAAGCUAAGAAACAAAGUAAAAGAGACCCCAAAACAUCCAUGCCCAAGGGAAAAGAGUCCAAAUACUGUGCUUCGGGAGGCGAAACUUCGACUCAGAAAGUUGGAGAUAGAAGCCGAAGCAGUUGAGAAGUCAUACCUCGACUUCAGGAAGAGACAGACUUUGAGGGAAGAGAAUAAGAGCCCUUAUCUGCGUGUGGACGGUUGCGACGAUGUUACCCUUGAUGCAAAGCGUAGCCGAUCAUUUGGAGAAAUCACUCGUCAAAGUAUAAACUUAUCUGAUCACAAUGUAGCAUCAAUCAAUUUACAAAAAUGUAAAAGGGAUUUGGACAAGUUUCUGAAUAACUAUGAAAAUAAAUUAUUUAUUACGGACUCGCAUUUCAGAAACAAUAGCCCGAAUCGUUUAUCAAGAGUGAUACCUGAAUAUGGAGAUGUUAAUAAAACCCUUUACAAAAUGAAUAAAACAGCAAGAGUUUUGCCAGAAUCGUAUGAAGUUAAUAAAAUUAAUGUUACAAGAAAAGAUAAUACAUAUUUAGAAACGCCCCUUAUCGAGUUUCGCAAGUUAUAUUCUCAGAAACCGCUACCAAGUAAAAUAGAACAAACAAAAGCAAAACAUACAAUAGAAGAAAUGAGGUCGAAAAAUAACGAGAGAACCGAAAUAGACGACAAGAAGGAAAUAAAAAUUAAAGAAAAGGAAUUUUCUAAACAUGAAACCGAUGAGCUGGAAAUAUUGAAAGAAAACAUCAAUAAAUUAUACAAUUUACAAGAACCACCGGAAGUACAAAAUAUUGAAGAAGGCAAGAGCGAAGAGACGCGUGAUGAUACAAAUUUGUUAAGAAUUGAAGUAGAAUGCGUUACAGAAACCAACAAUUUAAAGCUGAAGGAAUGCGAAGCUCAAGAUUUAUUGCUCGUAGUAAAAAGCCAGGCUGAUGCUAGCAAACUUUCCCAUUCUGAUUUAGGAGACGUUUCGCCACAAAUGACUGUCAUAGUUAGCCCUAAAGGGAAAAUCCCAACUGAUGUCGAAUUGCAAGAUCAAAGCCCGAUACCUGUCAGUGAGCAACCGCAGAAAUUAGGUAGAGAUGAUUCAGACGUAUUCCAAAUUGAAAAGGAAUCCGUGCUCUCGCAAUUAGAGCGACACGGGGGCUCACAAGAUAUCGUCGAAUCUAUUCUAAGUGACCACGAAAGAGUAGACGACUAUGCCGACGACUUUUCUGCCGAUGUCGACAACUACAAUAGUCGCUCCGAAUACGACGACAACUCCCCCGUCUCACACCUCAAGACAUCGGAAGACGAAAACUUUUGGGAUUCUUAAAUUACUAUAAAUGAAACCAAUAUAAUUGAACCAGUCAUAAUUUAUUAUAAUAAUGUCUAUUGAAUUAAAACGUAUCAUAUAAAACAUACAUUUACUUUACAUUUUUUUCGUUUUCGUUUUGAUAUAAAAGUACAAACGUUCGUAAAUCAGUGCAACAUUCCACUUAACAACUUUUUGGCAACAUAUAACCAGUGUUUCAGUAAAAUAGAAGUAUGCUACCUGCCUAUUUAACUAAAUAAAAUCUCUUCUCGUAGAGUUGCUAUAUAAACAAAGUUUAAUAAUAAAUUACAACUCCAUGUCUGACAUGUCUUCGCCUUACUUAUUCGGCGCAAAAAUAUUGCUUUGCAUUAUUCACAUUAAUCGAAUAAGACAAUAAUACUUGUUAAACCAAAUGUCAAAAACUAUCGCACU